CGGCUGGCGGGUAAAACAUAUUUCUUCCAUAUAACACCGUGACACAGAUUGCCCCCUUUCCUGUGUAUGUAGGCGACUUCAUUCCCAUCUAGGGUGACCAGUGCAUCCGACGAAGUGGCUAUUCACCCACGAAAGCGCCAGUACAUCUGUUGGUCUAUGAGGCUCCUGUUACUCCCCACCCUCGUCCCGAUUUUUCACGCUUGCUGGCUGGUCGCCCUAUUGCCAUCGGGCACACACGGUCUGACACAGGGAAUGGCUGAUUUUCUCGUAAUCCCAUUGGCUGUACGGAGUGGCUGUUUGGCUGCGUUUGGAAGGCGUUUUUUUCAUGCAGGCGCCCUGCAGGCAGGUUUCCGCACCGACGUCUGUAGUGCCAAUACAUCUAAUUCUGGCUCAGGCACUAUGCAGUGGAAAAAACACAUCUAUCUUCCUGUGAUUUUCUUAUUUCUAUGCGCAGAGCAAGUGGUGCCGCACCCCCGCCCCAGCCAAUGUCAACAGGAAAUCUCUAUCUCUGUGCCUGAGGGCAACAGCACUCAACACCUCCUUAACUGCUCAGAGCACUUUGCCACGCUGUACUGGUCCCCCCCUUUGGCUGGGACAUGGAUGAAGAUAGCUGUCAUCCAUUCAGGGAAAUCAAACCCUUACAACAGCUCCUUUGCCAGGCACAUCUCCGUGUCCAACGGACGGUUCAUCGUGAUGAACGCCAGCAAAGCCAUUGCAGGGAAUUUGAAGAUUGUGCAUGAGAUCGAUGAAAGGGAGUGUCUGGCUUCCAUCCGUCUGAAUGUAACAGAGCCCAGAUCUUGGUCCAGCUGUAUUGCAAUCGUGGUGGUGAUGGUGGUGGUGCUGUUGGUAGUGUUGGUGGUGGCACUGCUGAAAUUGCAGAAAAAGAAUAUUGGCUUCCCUGCCAGUGCCACCCUGUCUCAGCAGGCCAGCGAUGCAGGCCUCAUGGAGGAGAUCCAGGAGCUGGCAGAGCUCACGCAGCCGGAGGACACCAGCGGUGGGGACCAGUCAGCUGUGCUGAAUGGGAAACUUCUCAGCAGUGCUGAAAUGCUAAAUGUUGCGGGGCUGGAGGGUGAUAAACCCCGUCCCUCAACAUUCACUCAAUGUGCAGCGGCAGUCAAAAAAGCCAGCAGAAUGUUGGGAAUCCAUUAAGAAAGGGACAGAUAAGAUAGAAAAUAUAUUGCCUCUAUAUAAAUCUAUGGUACACCCACAGCUUGAAUAUU